GCAAUUUUUCGGUUUACCACAUGGAUGAAUUUUGUUCAACUAUCUUAUUGCAUAUAAGUGAAUAUUUAAAUUUAUUAAAUAAACAUGUCAGUACCUGAUAAAGUAUUAAUGCGAAAAAUUAAGAAAAGAGAAAAAAAGAAAUUUCAAGUGCUUAAAGAACGAGAGCAGCAAAUACAAAAUGGUGAUACUACACUUGAGAACUCAGAACACCACGUUCAAGAAACUGAGCUAGACAAUGUAAAUAGAUUAAAAAGACAUAACACACAAAAAAAUGAACAAGUUAAAAAGAAAAAAAAGAAAAUAAAAGAUAAUGACAAAUUACAAGAAGAUGACAUUAAUAAUACUACAGACAAUAUACCUGGAUCUACAAUAGGUUUGGAGAUAUCAAAUGAUACAAGUUUCAAAAUACUAGAAAAAAUAGUUUGUGAAAAUACUUUAAAAGGAAUAGAAGAUAUGGGUUUUAUAAACAUGACAGAAAUACAAGCAAAAGCUAUUCCUUCCUUAUUAGAAGGAAGAGAUCUGGUUGGUGCUGCUAAAACGGGAUCAGGGAAAACUUUAGCGUUUUUAAUACCAGCUGUUGAAUUAAUUUAUAAAUUAAAAUUUAUGCCACGUAACGGCACUGGUUGCAUUAUUAUAUCCCCAACGCGAGAGUUAUCUAUGCAAACUUUUGGAGUUUUAAAAGAAUUGAUGAAAUAUCAUUAUCAUACAUAUGGUUUAUUAAUGGGAGGCGCUAAUAGACAGACCGAAGCUCAGAAACUUUCAAAGGGAAUUAAUAUUAUUGUAGCUACACCUGGUAGAUUAUUGGAUCAUCUACAAAAUACACCAGACUUUUUGUAUAAAAAUCUUCAAUGUCUUGUUAUUGAUGAAGCUGAUCGAAUUUUAGAUAUUGGUUUUGAAGAAGAACUUAAGCAAAUUAUUAACAUUUUACCAAAAAAAAGACAAACCAUGUUGUUUAGUGCAACUCAAACCCAGAAAACAGAAAUGUUAACGACUUUAGCUUUGAAAAAAGAACCAGUUUAUGUAGGUGUUGAUGAUGAUAAAGAAAAAGCAACAGUAGAAGGUUUAGAACAAGGAUAUGUCAUGUGUCCCAGUGAAAAAAGAUUUUUACUUUUAUUUACUUUCUUAAAAAAGAACAGGAACAAAAAAGUUAUGGUUUUCUUCAGUUCGUGUAUGUCAGUUAAAUAUCAUCAUGAACUUUUAAAUUACAUUGAUUUGCCAGUAUUAAGUAUACAUGGAAAACAAAAACAAACGAAGAGAACAACAACAUUUUUUCAAUUUUGUAAUGCUUCUACUGGUAUACUCCUUUGUACUGAUGUAGCUGCACGUGGUCUUGAUAUACCAGCUGUUGACUGGAUUGUACAAUAUGAUCCUCCAGAUGAUCCCAAGGAAUAUAUUCAUCGUGUUGGUAGAACAGCUAGAGGAGAAGGCAGUAGUGGACAUGCUUUACUAAUUUUAAGGCCAGAAGAACUUGGCUUUCUUCGUUAUCUUAAACAAGCCAGAGUACCUGUAAAUGAAUUUGAUUUUUCAUGGAAUAAAAUAGCUGAUAUUCAGUUACAACUUGAAAAGUUGGUUGGAAAGAACUACUUCCUUAAUAUGUCAGCAAAAGAAGCAUUUAAAGCAUAUGUCAGAGCAUAUGAUUCUCAUCAUUUGAAACAAAUUUUUGAUAUUGAAACAUUGGACUUAGCAAAGGUUGCAAAAUCUUUUGGAUUUGUGGUUCCACCAGCUGUUGACUUGAAAGUGGGAAUAAGUAAGAAUUCACGGCCACGUAAAAGAAUAGGUGGAGGCGGUUAUGGAUACUUCAAAAGCAUGAACAAUUCUAAUUCAGAAAAACAACUACAACGCAGUAAAACUUUCCGCCAAGUGAAUAAACGUACGAAAGAUAAUCGACAGUUUGUCAGAUAACU